AUGGCGGAUUUCGACAAUGACUCAACUUCUCUGUAUAGUGUGAAGGGGAUCGUGAUCCUCGAUCAAGAUGGUAACAGAAUCAUUGCCAAGUAUUACGACAAGGAAACUUUCGGAACCACUAAAGAACAGAAAGCUUUUGAAAAGAGCAUGUUCCAAAAGACUCACCGUAAUGCUUCAUCAGAAAUACUCUUACUCGACGGAGUAACCUGUGUUUAUAGAUCUAAUGUGGAUUUGAAUUUAUAUGUUCUGGGUAGCCCUCGUGAGAACGAGUUGAUUUUGGAUUCUUUACUUAGUUGUUUGUAUGAUUCCAUCUCAACUGUUUUGCGAAAGAAUGUGGAGAAGAAAAGUCUUCUAGAGAACAUGGACACUUGUAUCUUAAUCCUUGACGAAAUAUGUGAUGAUGGAAUUAUCCAAGAAACUGACUCUCAAGCAGUUGUGUCAAGGUGUGCUUUGAAGGGAGACGAAAUCUCAUUCCCCGAUCAAACGUUAUCUCAAGUUGGGCUUUCUUUCGUAUCAUCAGCCAAGGAACAACUCAAAUGGUCAUUGUUGAAGUAA